CAAGCCGAGCCCCAAAGCGCGCUGUGCGCGCGAAUAUUCAGGGGAAAUUGAUUCAAUGAAGUAAAGGAGUGCAAAAUAACGGUUUCCCCCACAAACCACACUCGUCGUCUGAUUUCCCUGUGUCUCUUCUCUACUCUAUCCAUCGUUGCGCCUCUCUCUCUUCUCUCUCUCUCCAAACUGAUUCGGAUAACACGAAACCUAUCCUAGUUUCUCUCUCCUCGUUUCAAAACCGGUGGCGUACCCCCUCUCUCUAUCUCUCUCUCGUAUAUCUUCAAUUUAUGCAGGGUUUUUAACUGCCGAUUUUACUCGAAAUCGUUGUUCGGAUUAAGUAUGCAACGCGCCCAGGGUCGGAGCUAUUGCGUAAUCGAGCGCUGGGUAUGAGGCAGCGGCAGACGGAAUGAAGGUAUUCAUUGGUUGUAAUCAGGACAUAUGUUGGUAGAAAUUCCAAUCAUGUUCUGCUGUGGAUAAUUUUUUGAUAAAUCGUGCAAAUGGCGGCUGAUCAGAGGAAGAGACGAUUGAAUGGUGCCAUCAUUUCUACAUCCCGGGAGCUGGGCAGAGCAAAAAAGAAAAAAGUGGGAUUGCUACAAGGUGAUUUAAACAUGAGAUCAAAUAUUUCUCUCAAGUGGGAUGACAAGAAGAAGAGUGUUGUUGCCAUGCGGGGUCAAAUUGGCUUAUCCCAGAAAGACAUGGUUCCAUUCAUUGAUCAUGUUCCUCUUUGCAACAAUAUCUUGGCAGAUGUUCUUUCUGUUCCUCACGAAAUUUUUGACUUGGACAAUUUAAAAGAGGUGCUCUCUUGUGAGGUCUGGCAGACCCAUUUAUCCGAAAAUGAGAGAACCUAUCUUACGCAGUUUCUACCUAAAGGAGCUGAGACGCAUCGCAUUGUCCAAGAAUUGCUUGCGGGAGAUAACUUUUACUUUGGAAAUCCUUCUCUGAAAUGGGGUGCUUCCCUUUGUGCUGGUAAUCUUCAUCCUGAUGCUGUUAUUCAUCACGGAAAAUGUUUGAAGACAAGUAAGAAGUCGUAUUACUCAGGGUUACAGAAGUAUCAUAAUGGCAUGAUUGGAAAUUUACUGCUGUGGAAGGAAAGAUGGGGAAGCUGCAAAGAUCCCGAGGAAAUAGUGAACCAGAUAUGGAGGAACAGAAAGCAAGCUGAGAGAAGUAUCACUUUUGACGCAAACGAAUGUAGAUAUCAUGAUGCUGAGGAGGACUUUGCAGCCACGUCUGAAUCUGGUUCUUGGGCUGCUAAUGAAAAGGCAGUUAGUAGUGAUAACCAAAGCUUAAUGAGGAAGCAUGGGGAACUGCAGAGACGCGAUGGCUCCGUGGUGGUAGAGAAACCUAGAAAAGGAGAAAAUCUACGGAAGCAAAACAUCCAGUUUGGUGAUGGUUCUAGAUAUAUGUCGUAUAUCAAGGUUAGCAGGGAGCAACAUCAACGUGUUAUGAGUAGUAUAAAGGAUUCCAGUAGUACCAUUUUAUCUAGGACUCUUAAUCGUGUUCUGGGUAACCUUGGUGCUUUUCACAUUCAACCGUUCGAAGAAUUUGAAGAAGAAGAGCGGAAGAAGUUGCAUCAGCAUUGGCUGCAGUUGGCAACCAGAGACCUGCCAUUAACAUUUUCAAACUGGAGAUCAUGGAAGAUAAAGAAACAGAAACUGACGCAAUCUUUGGAGCAAGAAAUGGAAGAGAAACUAAAGUUCUUUAAAGAGGAUGAGGAGAAAGAGAAUGACUGUAUCUCAGUACCUGGUCCGAUGGAUAAUAGAGCAGCAGACUCUGAAGCCACAACUCCCGUAGAGGUUGAAGAGAAAGGGAACUCAGAGAACUUCCCUCAGGAGCUGAUAGACGAUGGUGUGGAAAAUGUUAAAUCUGCUAUGGCAUCAGAGGAUGAAGAGGGAGAGAAGCCUGAUCAGGAGAUGGCUGAUGACGGCCCAGUUAAAUGUGAACCAUUCAGCCCAGUUAAAUGUGAACCCUUCAUUAAAGAUGAUUAUGCCACUCUUCAUAUCUCCACAGAUAACCAUGAUUCACAACCAAUUCCUUCACUAAAUCGCUGCCAUGAAUUUGUCCCCAUGAAUCUGGAUCCCGGUAUUCAUAUAGCUAUGGGGAAAGAUGACAACCCUGCUAAUUUAUCACAGUACCCAGAAACUUUAAAUCACAUGAGCAAUGUUGUUAGUCAGAGGGUUCCUCACUCUUCUUCAACAGAUGUUUGGCCAGCAGUUAGCAUGCAAGAAUCUUGUUACCAUCCUACUUCUUUGAACCAUGCUUAUGCCUCUGCCCAUGAGCUGUCACUUGGACAUUCGCUUGUUUUUGAAGAGCAACAAUCCCGACUGAUUGAUCUCGAAUCUCGAAAUCACGAAGAGGAUACCGUGAAAGAUCUGUUCCUCAGACAACCCAAUGACAUGACCUUCUUCAAUCCCUACACUGACCUAGAGGUCCAAAACCGAAAUGAGCUAUUACAGCAUUUGUUCAAGGGCCAGGAGGGUUUGCCUUACCAUCAGGAGCAGAAACAGAGACAUUUAGAUUUCCAGCCAGCAUCAAAUGUUCCAAUGGUGACAGGUCAGUUUUCUGGGCAUUUUGGGCAGCAGCUCCGUCCCUCACUGCCAUUGGAGAGACUGAAUGAUGUAUACAUGCACCAAAACGUACAAGAGAACCCGUUCUCAGAUGGAGGUAGGUACAUUACUCCAAGGCAAGAACACUUGCCAUCUAUCAAUGCUCAGGAUUGGGCUGUCAAUACCCCUCCUCAUGGGAUUUCAGCGCCUCUCCCAUCUCAGUUGGGUGGUGGAAUGUUGGGCCGUAAUUGGUUUUCAGGUGAGAAUCGAGCCUGUGGUGGGUGGUCCAGUUUGGAUGCAAUUGGCCCAACUCAGACCAUUGGAAAUAGAAGCAAUGCGGAUCAGAGCCUAUUUGGAGUUCUUUCUCAAUGUAAUGGCGAGUUACGUCCUGGUCCACCUUAUCAUUUGACCGGUUCCAACGAACAUUUCAUUCAGCCAGGAACCUAUCAUGGAUUAGGUGCACUUUUCCCCACAGCAACCAACAUUUUGCCAAAUGCAGGUAAUUCGCUUAACUACUAUAAUGGUCAUGAGGCUACUGCCCCUGUAAAGAACAACAGUACAGAAUGGAUGGGUGUGCCGCAUCAGAGUUCUGCUUUACAGGAUAUAAUGGGAAAACCAUUUUUGAGGUCCUGGAACAAUUAAGGAAGAUCACGUACCCGUUGUUUGGGCCAAGUGGAUUGCCAGUUUAUCGGCAUGGUUGAUAAGCAAGAUGGGCAGUGAGCUGAACUGAAGGUUCAUACAACACUCAGUUUUUGGACUAAUUUGUUUUCAGGACUAACGGCACAGUCUGGUUUUUUAAGAAACUGGGUUAGUGGGUUCUGAAGCCUUGUGAUGGCAGUUUGUACAUAGAUAUAGGGGAAUGGGUCGAAUCCUGAAAAUUGGGGAACGUCUCUAGGAUUUUUCCUUUUGAGAGGUGAGUUAUAGAUGACGAUACGAUUUUAAUUGGGACUUUUCUUCUCCCUUGGUUGAUGGAGUAAUUUUGGCUCAUGCAGUUUAGAAUCUAGGCAUGCCCUCUAACCUAAUAAAGUCGCCAUUUUUGUGAUCAGUGAUUUUCCUACAUUACUUUGGAAACCACACUGUAUUUGCUAUUAUCAGUAUCAGUCAUGAAGGUUUUCAUUCUCCGGGUCAUUUCACUA